ACCGGGCAAUUUCAAGUCUCUAUCAAAAUCCCUACAGCCAAUUCUCAUCGUCUAUAACUUGAGAUCUUCGUCUCUCACGUCCAUCACAAUGCCUAUCUUCGGAUCCCGCCGCGAACCCUCCCCGCCCCCAGCGGCUCCCCAGAAAACAUCAAUGUUCUCCCGCCGUCGCUCAUCUUCGCCUCACCGCACCUCAACCCAUCACUCUCACACCACCACCACGACAUCCCCCAAGCUCACCUCCGGCAUGUUCUCUCGCAGCUCGCACGACCCCAGCAUCACCGCCGCUACGCAGUCUUUGCGCCAGGCCGAAGCCGCAGAACGCGAUGCUGAUCGCGCUCUUCUCGUUGCGAAGAAUGCUGUAAGGGAGGCGAGAGAACAUGUUCAUAGGUUGGAGAGAGAGGCUGCUGAGGAGGCGAGGUUGGCGAAGAUUAAGCAGAGUGAGGCGAAGGCUUUGGGAAAGAAGGGGAGGGCGCUUGGACGUCACGAUCACAUCUAGAGCGAGAGCCAUGUGUGUCCGAUACAAUUGAUGAAAGCGAGGCGUUUUUUGUUGUUGUUUGUUAGCGUGUAGCGAGUACUGUUCAAUACCCAAAUAUUCUGUGUUU